AUGCCCAGAGCUUUCCUGGUGAAGAAAACGUGCGUUUCCACCGGCAAGAGGAACUGGAGCGAACUUCCCGAUGAGGAGCGAGGCGAGAUCUACGUCCCAGUCUCCCUGGGCGGGUAUGCCCUGUGGAAAGAUCCGGAGCCUUCGGUGGCCGAACCUCCUUCGUACCCGAUGCCGCUGGACAUGACGAUUCGAAACGCCACCUACCUGGCGGCACAGCCCCACUGUGCGGCCCAGGUCCCGGGGGGCGUGCCACAGGAAAUGGAGCCGGGCUUCCUGCGGCCCAAGAUGAAGGUGACGCAGGGCGACAGCCCGGGCGACCAGCUCUCCUGCCCGUACUGCCAGAAAGCGUUCUCCUUCCAGCGCAUGCUGAAUCGCCACAUGAAGUGCCACAGCCACGUCAAGCGCCACCUCUGCCAGUACUGCAACAAGGGCUUCAACGACACCUUUGACCUCAAGCGCCACGUCCGGACACACACGGGAGUCCGGCCCUACAAGUGCGACCUCUGCGACAAGGCCUUCACGCAGCGCUGCUCGCUGGAGUCCCACCUGAAGAAGAUCCACGGGGUGCAGCAGAGUUACGCCUACAAGGAGCGCCGCGCCAAGCUCUACGUGUGCGAGGACUGCGGCUCCACGGCCGACAGCCAGGAGGGCCACCUGCGGCACCUGCAGGAGCACCACCCCGAGAGCCCGAUGCUGCGGAAGGCCUCGCGCAAGGCGCCCCCCGCCCUGCCGGGCGCCGCCCCGUCGGCCCUGCUGCCGGGACACCCCUGCCUCUGA